AGCAGCAGCAACAGCAGCAGCAACAGCAGCCAUGGGGCUGCAGCCCCUGGAGUUCAGCGACUGCUACCUGGACAGCCCCUGGUUCAGGGAGCGGGUGAGAGCCCACGAGGCAGAGCUGGAGAAGACCAAUAAGUUUAUCAAGGAGUUGCUGAAGGAUGGGAAGAACCUGAUCGCCGCGACCAAGAACCUUUCAGCAGCCCAGAGAAAAUUUGCCCAUUCUCUGAGAGACUUUAAAUUUGAAUUCAUUGGUGAUGCAGAGACCGAUGAUGAAAGAUACAUAGAUGCAUCUCUUCACGAGUUUUCAAACUUUUUAAAAAAUCUUGAAGAACAAAGAGAAAUUUUGGAGGAAAAGAAGAAGUUUGAUAAAGAGACAGAGAAGAACUACAGUUUAUUAGAAAAACAUUUGAAUUUGUCGGCUAAGAAGAAAGAGCUACAAUUGCAAGAGGAGGAAAAGAAGAAGUUUGAUAAAGAGACAGAGAAGAACUACAGUUUAUUAGAAAAACAUUUGAAUUUGUCAGCUAAGAAGAAAGAGCUACAAUUACAAGAG